AUGGGUUCCUAACCUUAGAAGUCUAGAAAUUAAAUUGAAAAUAGGUACCAACAGCCAAGUAUGCAGACAAGCUAAAUGCCAUAGCAUAUUCAAAUGUAAUAUCGUUAGCCUAGUUAAUAAAUCAAUAUGCCGAUGCAAUAUUCUUAAACAUUCUAAUACAAUCAUUUCUCAACAUUCAUAUAUAACCAAUCAAUGAUACAAUAAUAACCCCCAUCCUCACAAAGAUCACAAAAUAUAAAUACUUAACCUCGAGUUAUCAAAAAUGAUUUUUGUAUAGAAAAGCUGAAACUUGUUGGAAAUGAAAAUUUCAAAGUUGAAUUCACUUUGUUUGCAUUAAGUCCUUGCAAAAUUUAAUUAUAUGUAUAAUGCUUAGAGAUUUGUCAUCCUGUGAAUAAAAUUCUUCAAGAGAUAAGAGAUAAGCUAUAAUAUGAUGAAUUUUUAAUUAAUGAACCUUAAACUAUGAAUGUUGUAAAAACUAGUAAAAUAACGAUACCUAAGAGUUCUUUAUAAUAGAAAAAAUCAAUUAAUGGCUAAGCUUAUUAGAAGCUUUUACUAAUGAUUUAAAACAAGACAACAAUGAUGGCAUACUAUUACGAUUAUGAAAAUGAUCAAUUAAAAUUAGUCAAAUAAAAGUUUUAGAAUUCUGAUUAUGGAGCAUUCGAGGUUGAAGAAAUUUACGGAAUUAAUGAUUCUAAUCUGAUUGGGUCGAUGAAGCACGAUUAGGAUGAUGGAGAGUGCAUUAUUUGUUUAAGUGAAAAAAUCAAUACGAUUAUCAUGCCCUGUAGACACAUGUGUUUAUGUGGCAAUUGUGCUAAAUAAAUAAUGGAUAAAAAAGAACAAUUAAGACAUGAACCAGCAGAAAGAUAACAACAUGCUCCUGAUUACAAUCUCUGUCCUCAAUGCAGAAUGGAAAUUGAUUCCUUCAUUAAAUUACAAAAAAUUUCUUGA